AUGGAUAUGACUACUUGUGUUGCUAGAAGAACCCGUUCGAGGACUGAAUCUUACUUGAACUCGAUUCUGAAUAAAUCAAAGGGGAUUUCUGAGUCUGAGGGUACUUUAAAUUCGAGGACGAGGAAUAAGAGAGGAGUGAGCUUGCGCGAUGCUUGUUCGCCGUCUCCGAGGAAGAAGAAACCGCGGCGGAGGAAGGUGAGUGAGGAUGAUAACGACGACGACAACGACGACGGCGAUGUUGAAUUUGUUAGAACUGAUUAUCCUGAAGGUAAGCGAGAAGGUGUGGAUGGUGAUAAUGUUGGUUCUAAUUCUGUGGGUUUGGAAUCGAAAUCUCUUGAUUGUGGUGAUAGGGUUUGUGAUUUUGAUUUGGAUGAUGUUAAUUUGAGAGGUGAAGAGAAAACUUCUAAUUUUGAUUUGGAGGAUGAUGUUGUUUUUGUUGGGACUAUCCCGGGAGAUAAUGAGCAUGUAGAGGGUGAUAAUGUUGGUUCUCCUAGGGUAUGUGUGGAUGAUGGUGAUUUGAGGGGUGAGGAGAAAGGUUCUACUUUGAAUCCUUUAUCUCCGGAUGGGGAUGUUGUUUUUAUCCCGGGAGAGAAGGAACAUGUCGAGGAUGGCAAUGUUGGUUCUGGGAUUUGUGAUAUUCUUCUUAAUGAUAUUUUGAAGGGUUCUGAGUUUGAUGAUGUUAAAGGAGGUUCUGUGGAGGAUUUAGGGACGGAUUCAGGCGAGGAAUUUAGUGGUCAAGAUAGAGAUUCUGGUGAAAGUGAUAGUGAUGGUGAAGAUGCUGAUUCUGACUCAUCUGAUUACGUGGUGGGAAGUUCAGAUUCUUCUGAUGUAGAUAGCUCUGAUGGUGAUUUCGUUUGUUCUGAGGAUGAAGAGGCUGAAACCAUAGAUGUUGCUAAAGAGAAAAAGAGCCCAACUGCUAGCUAA